UGUCGUGGUGGUUGUCGGCUCGGCAGCGGCUCGGGCGGCAGCUGCGGGCAGGAGGCGGAGCCGCGGGGCGGCGGGACUGGGGAGGCUAUAAGAGGUGUCGCGGUGGCUUCGCGCUCCACUCUUCUUUUUCCGGCACUCCGGGCUCGCCUUGCAGUUGCUCCCGCUCCGGUCUAUGGUGCAGCCGGGACCCAGGACCAUGUCGCGCUCGGAAGAGGUGCACCGACUGACGGAGAAUGUCUACAAGACAAUUAUGGAACAGUUCAACCCUAGCCUCAGGAACUUCAUUUCCAUGGGGAAGAACUAUGAAAAAGCCCUGGCAGGUGUGACGUUUGCUGCCAAAGGCUAUUUUGAUGCUCUAGUCAAAAUGGGGGAGUUGGCCAGUGAAAGUCAAGGCUCAAAAGAACUUGGGGAUGUUCUCUUCCAGAUGGCAGAAGUUCACAGGCAGAUUCAAAAUCAGUUAGAAGAGAUGCUGAAGUCUUUUCACAAUGAACUACUCACACAGCUGGAGCAGAAAGUAGAAUUAGACUCCAGGUACCUAAGUGCUGCACUGAAGAAAUACCAGACAGAGCAAAGGAGCAAAGGGGACGCGCUUGACAAGUGUCAGGCUGAGCUGAAGAAACUCCGGAAGAAGAGCCAAGGGAGUAAAAAUCCUCAGAAGUACUCCGACAAGGAGCUGCAGUACAUAGAUGCGAUCAGUAACAAGCAAGGUGAAUUGGAGAACUAUGUGUCAGAUGGCUAUAAGACAGCCCUCACUGAGGAGCGGAGAAGGUUUUGUUUCUUGGUGGAAAAGCAGUGUGCUGUGGCCAAAAACUCAGUCUCCUACCAUUCCAAGGGGAAGGACAUGCUAACUCAGAAGCUCCCGUUGUGGCAGCAGUCCUGCGCCGACCCCAACAAGAUCCCCGAUCGGGCCAUCCAACUGAUGCAACAGAUGGCCGCCAGCAGCAACGGCACAGUCAUGCCCAGCUCCCUGUCUGCUUCCAAGUCCAACCUAGUCAUCUCAGAUCCCAUUCCUGGUGCCAAACCACUUCCAGUGCCCCCAGAGCUAGCCCCAUUUGUGGGGCGUAUGUCGGCCCAGGAGAACGUGCCUGUAAUGAAUGGGGUCUCGGGUCCAGACAGUGAAGACUACAACCACUGGUCUGACAGGAAGCCGGCCCAGCCCAAAUCCCUGUCUCCUCCUCAGACCCAGAACAAGAUGAGCGACUCCUACUCAAACACGCUCCCCGUGCGCAAGAGCGUUGCCCCGAAAAACAGCUACGCAACCACCGAGAACAAAACUCUUCCUCGAUCUAGCUCUAUGGCAGCUGGUCUGGAGCGAAACGGCCGAAUGAGGGUACAGGCCAUCUUCUCUCACGCUGCUGGUGACAACAGCACCCUUCUGAGCUUCAAAGAGGGAGAUCUCAUCACCCUGCUCGUCCCCGAGGCCCGGGAUGGCUGGCACUACGGCGAGAGUGAGAAAACUAAAAUGAGGGGCUGGUUUCCUUUCUCCUAUACCCGGGUCUUGGACAGUGAAGUCAGUGACAGAUUGCACAUGAGCCUGCAACAAGGAAAGAGCAGCAGCACGGGCAAUCUCCUGGACAAAGAUGAUCUGGCCAUCCCGCCCCCAGACUAUGGUGUGUCCUCUUCCAGGGCCUUCCCUGCCCAGACGGCCGGCACCUUCAAGCAAAGACCCUACAGCGUGGCUGUGCCUGCCUUCUCCCAGGGCCUAGAUGACUAUGGUUCCCGAUCCGUGAGCAGCUCUGAUGUUGAAGUGGCCAGGUUUUGAACUGCCCCCCCUGACUAGAGUUAAAAUCCCUUUGCUAAUGUUCAGCUAAAGCCAACGGUGACAAAUGACAGGUCCGCCCCUCUCCUCAGCUGAUAGAAGUCUUCUUUGGCUGGUGUCGUCAUUUAGACCAGCACACAAUCUAUUUUGUAAUCCUUUGCAUGUUUUCCUGAGUGUCCUUUGCUUUCUGAGGGGCAAGGGGUGUUUUUCCUCCAGGCUGUUGUUGAUUCUUGCCUUUUCCCCCAGGUUCCAUCCUACCCUGGGCUGGAUCCCAGGCAUUCAGGGGAAGGGAGGAGGAUGGGGAUAGUAAAAGGUUUUCCUUUGAAAUCACCUUGUCUGAAGAAAUGAGUGAACUGGGACGAGUUUUCCCCAGAGCAGAAGAACCAAUGUGGUUAUGAUCUAGGUGGGCUACUGAAAGUCAGAAAAACUCGGCUUUUUUGGGCUUUCCCUCUUGGGUCACUUAGUUUAACUCACCUCAGGAGUGGGCCAAAAUAAAUCACACCUCCCCCCCCCCCCAAUCAACUUUAGAAGUUUCCUCAAAGGAAUCAGGGCCCCUUCUGUGGCCCAGCCUCUGCCUCAUCCCUCAGCAUCUCCCUGACCCUGUCUUUGGACAAGAGUAAGACGUUUCAUAAAUCGGGGUUACGUUGGGAUAGCUGGGGGAGGGGAGGCAGAAGGCAGGUACAGCUGCGAUUCUAGCCCUUGCCUCAUGGAUAUUUUAUAGACUUCUUACUAGCUCAAAGUGCCAAACUCCACCAAAGCUGCUUUUCAUGAUCUGCAUUAUAGCAAUAAAGUGGGUCCCUUCUUCCUUUGCUCACAGCGUGACCUGCCUGCUAUAGUUAGUACUCAUGCUGGGCCCCGUCCUUCUUAAUUUGACUCAAGAGGGAAGGAUUUAAGAAACAAGAACAACAAACCCACCAUAUUUGGUCAACAGGAAGGCCCUGGGACUCUUAAGAGGCAAAACCCUAACCCGGAUCUAGGAACUUGGGCGGAAAGGUGAUAGAGGCUGGGUUGGGGGCUGGUUCCUUGACCUAGGGAUGAGGUCACUCCAGCUUCUCUCUCUGCAGCAGGAGAAGAGGAAGCAGGCCUCUCGAACCUUUACCCUAUCCCACAGUAGCCCUCAGCUUUAGCAGAGGCCUCGCUUAGCGUGGCAAGUCCCCCUCACCCCCAAUCUACCCAUCACCUGAUUGUCAUCAGCCAGUGAGUUCAGCCACUGAUUUCUUUAGCAUUAUUUGGGCUCGCUGUUACAAUGCAUUCCCGUGGUCUGUUACAGUUUUGAUUUCAGAAUGAGAGGAGAGGGGCAGCUAGGGGGCGCAGUGGAUAAAGCACCAGCCUUGGAUUCAGGCGGUGCUGAGUUCAAAUCCGGCCUCAGACACUUGACACUUACUAGCUGUGUGACCUUGGGCAAGUCACUUAACCCUCAUUGCCCCACAAAAACUAAAACAGAAUGAAAGGAGAGCUUUGAGCCACCUCAAGAACAUGGAGUCUCCUCCCUACAUUUUUCCCCCUUAAAUAUAAAGGAACAACUCUUUGUUAUCUAUAAUCUUUUGUUCCCCCCUUCAUCUCUCUCCCCUCUUUGCUUCUGCAGCACUACGAGGCCCCCAGCAAGGCUAAUCAAGGGUGAACUGGAAACAGAGAAACAGAGGAUUUGGAGGAAGGGAGAAUUAUGUGAAAGGAGAGGGGGCAGGUUUAAGGCCAGUGGCCUGGGGGCAUCUCCCCCACGUGCCGGCUCAGGCGGUUGGAACCUGGGCAUUUUGUGCAUCUGCACGUGGGUGCCCCUAGCUUCAAGCCUGCCUUCACCCUCAGUGAGCUAUUAUCCUCUAUCCUCUACUCUGAGUGUGAGCUCUUCUCCCGAGGCCGCUGGCCCAGUGGGAAACCUUUGGGUGCCAGGAAGGUUAAUAUGGGAGCUACAGUGUGUGGGACCUGUGGCUGAAAAGCAUCUUGUUUGGAAAAAAUAAUUUAUAAGCAAUUAAAAAAG